AUUAUUGCGCUAUAUUUCCGCUUCCGCUCUUGUGUUGUGAACUCCUUCGAGAAAUUCUCUGAUUGCAGUGGCAACAUGGAAGAUUUGUUGCAAAUACCAUCCCCCGGGAGCUUUCCAGACUUAACGUCUUACAUGAAUGUCGACUUCGAUGUUGAUGAUGCUCUUCUGGGCAGUAGUGAAGUAACAACAACAGAGCCGAAUUCUACGUCGCAAACCAAUUGUCAAGUAUGCGGGGAUGAGGCUUCGGGUAAUCACUACGGCGUACAAUCGUGUGAGGGUUGUAAAGGUUUCUUUAGAAGAAGUAUUCAAAAAUUAAUGAAAUAUCAGUGUAGUAAGGAGGGUAAAUGCGAAAUAUCUAAAGUCAAUAGGAAUCGAUGCCAAUAUUGUCGAUUUAAAAAAUGUUUAGCAGUGGGGAUGAGUCGCGAUUCAGUAAGAUACGGAAGAAUGUCGAAAAGAACGAAAACUGUGAAUGACAAGCAACAGAAAGCCAUUGUUAAUGAUCAAACGAAAACGCAAGAAGAGUUGGCUGUAUACGAUCUCAUAUUGGCCGUUUCGUCAGCUUAUACAGAACACAUGUUGAUUGCUGAAAAUAAAAUUCCGAAGACAGAGACUGUUAUUCCACCUGCAGGGGAUUUAAUCGAUUUGUUGGAUUUAACGAAGAAAGUGUCUUCAUUCGAACGGCUAACAAAAUUGAUUGGCUUAAGCUUGAAUUCAGUUGCCGAAUUCUUAAAAUGUAUACCGGGAUUUUACAAUUUGAGUACCAACGACCAGUUGGCCUUACUCAAAGGAGGUUUCCUAGAGAUAUGGAUAAUAUCGAUUAGCCGUACAUUUGAUACCAAUGCGAAUACCUUAACCGUACAAGAUGGAAAUCAAAUAAGUAAAGAUGAUUUGGAAUCGGCUUACAAUACUGACCUCGUGUCUUGCCUCUUUAACUUUGUUGAAAAUUUCAUGAAUUUAAACUUAUCAAAUACUGAUUUAGCUCUGUUCUGUGCUGUGGUCUUUUUUACACCCGAUCGAAUUAAUGUAAUUGAUAAAAGCGGUGUAUCGGUUUUACAGGGAAAAUUAAUGGAGGCAUUAAAAAUGCACAUGAGCAGAAAUCAUUCGACAGAACCCCAACUAUUUGCCUCUGUUCUCUUGAAAAUACCUGAACUAAGAAUUCUCAGCGCGAAACACAAUGACGCUCUAGAAUACUUUAAGGAAAGAGACCAAUUGUUAUACACCGAUGCAAUGUUCGCUGAGAUCUUUAAUAUGCAUCCAGUCUUGCAUUCAGAAUGAGUGAACUAUCUCCCUCUCUCUCUCUCUCUCUCUCUCUCUCCCCUUUGCUCCCCUCUCUCCUAAUUGUUGUUUUUACAAUGUUUUCUCGUUGGCGUGUUUGGCAUUAGUGUUAAUAUUCUACUUUAUUACAGCAAUCAUUCAUCUUAUUUACAAAAAAUAUGUGAUAUUGUGAUUUUCUUUUAUUUUACUUUUUUCAGAAUCUAUUGUCGAAAGAUUGUAACGAAACUUAGAA